AUGUUUGAUCUUACAAAUAUCUUUACCAACAAUGUUGAAAUAAUUAUUCAAAUCACGAGCGAAACUCCUACGAAACUUUUUAAAACAGGCUUAAAUUUAACGGAUAAUUUAUCGAUUAUUCGUAAAGAACUCAAAGAAAAAGGUAUCAUCAAUGAUACAUUAUUCUUUUUAAAGAAAAUUGCUGAAUCUAAUAAUGAUGACGAUGACUUUUCUGAAAUAUCACUUGAAAAUGAAGAAAAUUCUCUUCUAAAUGAUGUUAUAGAAGAAAAUAAUAAGACUUUAUAUUUAAAGAAAAAUUCGAACCAAGACUGGAAAUUUCUCAAUGAACUCCAUCGUUUAGAAUAUGGAUGUACUAUGACUUUUGAUGGAAUUAAGAAAGGUUAUCGAAAAGCGUUUAUAACAAAAGAUUGUAAAAUGACCGAAAUUGGUACCGAGGGAUGUCGGAAAGGAAAAUUUGAAUUUAAUUCAAACAAAGAUCGAAUGAUGAUGAAGAAUUUAUUUUUUAUUAGCGAUACUAAUGUAGAGAGUUUUAUAAAUUUGGGAAUAUCUGAUGAAAAUUCACGAAAUAAUAAUAAUAUUGAACCUGAAAUUUCUCAUCUCUAUGCAGAGUAUGGAAAGGUGUCACUAAAAUUCGGAGAUUAUUUAGAACCAACUACGGAAUUUAUUAAUGCGGUAGAAGAUGCCAGCAAAUCUGGAGACCCAGCGAAAUUUAAGAAAAUUACCGAGGAAUUUGGUCAAUUCAUUCCGACUGAAGUUACUUUAGGCGGAAGAGCUUAUUUUAAAGAAAACAAUAGUAAAUGCGCAAGGUUAAGUGAAGCAUCAAACGAUUCCGGAGGUUAUUGUAUAUACAUAAUUGGAGGGCAGCAACCUAAUAGUCUUGAAGAAUUUGACGAAAAAUCUUGGGUUAAAUCUUUAAUAGAUUACAAAAAUUGGGGUUGCAUAGAAUUUCGAAACCCCAUUAGUAUCUUUCAAUUAUUACCUGAUUAUUUACGUAGAAAAAUCAUUUAUUCCCUUGGAAAACGAAUUCAUUACUCAAAAGUUGAAAAUUUUAAUUAUAGUUUAAAGGAAUGCGGAAGACCUGUGGUUUUUGAAUUAAAUAUACCAUCUCAUAUCUCAAAGAUUAUUCGAAACAAAGACGCUGAUUGUAAUUUUUUCGCAACAGUUGCUGACGCAGAAAGAUCAAAAAAUGAAUUCUUUCAUUGUCAAAUCCUUUACCCACCUAAUGGAAAACCAAGCAUUACAAUACAUUGUAUUCAGAAAAAUUUCAGAAAGCGAUUAUGUAAACUGAAAAUUGGAUGGAUGGUCAUUGGUUAUAAUACCGAUCUAAAUUUUCUUAAUGAUUUUAAUGUUCAAUUGAAAAUAAUUGAAACAAAUUUUAGUUCGUCAAAUGAUCAAACUAUGAUUUUUGACACAGGACUAGAAUAUAAUUCAAAUAAUAUUCCUCUUUGCUUAGGAAUCCCUGUAUUAAAUAAAUUAGAUUCUUCUAAUGAAUCUCUAAUUAUAGGUCAUCACUUUUUUAAUAAUCAAACGAAAAAAGAAAUUGGUUUGUGCACAUUUUCUUAUUGUUUAAAAAACAAGCGCUAUGUAAAUUUACCAAACUUUACUUUUUAUACACUUAUCAUCUCAAAUUAUUCUAAUCCCAACGCUUUCGGCACAAUCCCUUUUGAACAUUCCCUUUUUAAAAAGCCAUAUAUUAAUCUUUACAACCAACCUGAUAAUUUAAAUACGAGAUAUAUUAGCUUAUAUUCUACAAAAAAAUCAAGCGUUCCAAUUUUCAUAAAACAGGACGUCAAAAAAAUUUCAAUUAAAUAUAUUAAUUGUAAUUGUAAAACCUGUUCAGUUUGUAAAAAAGAUAAAAAAUUAAAAAGAUCUGAAAAUAGUAUAGAAUGUGCAUUCUUUAACCCGAUAUAUUAA